CGUCAAUACACGUCAACCACAGAACACGAUGCCUCCUGCUAGUCAACUCUUGUACUCCAGCUAAUACAGGCAGCUAGCCUUAGCUGAAAUAUUAUAGCUCUAUUGUAUUGGACACUGUGGAUUGACAGCCCGAAGCAAAAGUAAAUGUAGCUAACAUACGUUACUGCUUGGUCUAGCGGGUCUGGAAAGGGCCGUCAACGCCAAGCUGGCCGGGCGACUAAGAAUUCAACUUUUGUCUAUUUUUGAUAGACACAUUUCAGCGGGCAAUUUGUUUUCUGUUCCUUGUCAUCUGUAGCAGGACUCAAGUGGCGAGUCUGCUGGCUGGUUGUUGAGCUACCUCCUACUCUUCCCCGAGCCCCUCCAGAACAGCAUGGUCAUGGCUGACACUCUCCAAAAACCGAGUCCGGUCCGGGGUCCUGUCCGCGUGGGCUUCUAUGAUAUCGAACGCACCUUAGGAAAGGGAAAUUUCGCGGUCGUGAAGCUUGCCAGACACCGUAUUACCAAGACAGAGGUGGCCAUCAAGAUCAUAGAUAAAACCCAGCUGGACGCAGUGAAUCUGGAGAAGAUCUACAGGGAGGUCCAGAUCAUGAAGAUGUUGGACCACCCUCACAUUAUUAAGCUGUACCAGGUGAUGGAGACUAAGAACAUGCUCUACCUUGUGACGGAGUACGCCAAGAACGGAGAGAUCUUCGACUACCUGGCCAAGCAUGGUCGUCUGAGUGAGUUGGAGUCCAGGAGGAAGUUCUGGCAGAUUCUGUCAGCAGUGGAGUACUGUCACAACAGGAACAUCGUCCACCGUGACCUGAAGGCUGAGAACCUGCUGCUAGACGGACACAUGAACCUCAAGAUAGCAGAUUUUGGCUUUGGGAACUUCUUCCAGCCCGGGGAGCCUCUGUCCACGUGGUGCGGCAGCCCCCCCUACGCCGCCCCAGAGGUCUUCGAGGGCCAGCAGUAUGAGGGCCCACAACUGGACAUCUGGAGCAUGGGCGUGGUCCUCUAUGUGCUGGUGUGCGGUGCACUGCCCUUCGACGGGCCCACUCUGCCUGUGCUGCGCCAACGGGUCCUGGAGGGAAGGUUCCGGAUCCCCUACUUCAUGACUGAAGACUGUGAGCACCUGAUCCGGAGGAUGCUGGUUCUGGACCCGUCCAAGCGGCUGUCUGUGGCCCAGAUCAAGGAGCACAAGUGGAUGGCUCUGGACGUGCCCGUGCAGCGGCCGGUGCUGUACCAGAGGCCCGUGCCGGCGGAGGGCGACGUGGGCGUGGGCGAGUACAGCGAGCAGGUUCUCCGGCUCAUGCACAGCCUGGGCAUCGACCAGCACAAGACCGUGGAGUCUCUCCAGAACAAGAGUUAUAACCACUUUGCAGCCAUCUACUACCUGCUGGUGGAGCGACUGAAGGCUCAUCGCUGCAGCUUCCCCGUGGAGCAGCGCCUCGACGCUCGGCAACGCAGGCCCAGCACCAUUGCCGAGCAGACCGUCGCCAAGUCCACCAGUGGGUCUGGCCAGGUGGGCCUGCUCCCCCAGGGGGUUCGGCUGCUGCGCUCCCCUGCCCUCCCUCCAGCCCCAUCCGAGGCCUUCUCCUUCCCUCAGUCCUCAUGUCCUCCAGAGCAUAGCCUCAUGGUGGAGGACGUGGCUACACCUAAAGUGAACGGCUGUCUGCUGGACCCUCUGCCCCCCACCGUGCUCCGCAAGUCGUCCACCUCGUCUCCCUCCAACAUGAUGGAGACGUCGAUAGACGAGGGCAUCGAGACGGAGGAGCCCGACGCCGAGGACGACCCCGCCCACCUCCUCUCAGCCUAUCAGACGGCUCGCUUCGGCCAGCGCAGGCACACCCUGUCUGAGGUCACUAACCAGCCUGGGGCUGGCAACCAAGGGAAGUUAUUCAGCCUGUGCCACAACCCCUCCCUGGGCAGUGUGGAUUCAGAGUACGACAUGGGCUCCAUGCACAGUGACCUGAGCCUGCUGGAGGACCCCCCCUCCCUCAGCGAGGUGGUACUGCCCAGCCCCGCCCCUCACAUGACCACGCCCUUCCUCAGCGCGCGGCCGCCCAAUCCCGCCAUGCAGGCGCUCAGCUCGCCCCGGAGGGAGGCACACAACCGCUCACCAAUCAGCUUCAGGGAGGGCCGGCGGGCGUCCGACACUUCCCUCACACAAGGUCCGGGCCUGGUGGCGUUCCGUCAGCACCUUCAGAACCUGGCCCGCACCAAGGGCAUCCUGGAGCUGAACAAGCAGCUGUACGAGCAGAUGGACUCUGGAGAUGGGGCUGGCAUGGACCUCCUCAACACACACCAACACCUGCAGCACUUCUUAGAGAGUGAGGCGGCUACACAGCAGGACCAUCUGGGGCUGUUCCAGGGAGGAGGCCACCCCCCCCUGCUGUCACGCAGACAAAGUCUGGAGACACAGUACCUCACACACAGGCUACAGAAGGCCAGUGUCCUGGCCAACAGUCCUGCCAGCUGUCAGCUCUUCUGCAAGGAGACGCCCCGCAGUCUGGAGCAGCAGCUGCAGCAGCACAGGCUGCAUCAGAAGAGGAUGUUCCUCCAGCAGCAGCAGCCUCAGGGCAUGGGCCUCCAGACCUACUUCAACCAGAUGCAGAUCGUGGAGGGGGGCACGUACUCCCCCGGCCCCCCUAUGGCCCAUCAGGACCCCUCAGCGCCCCCCUCCCAGCAGGGGGUCAUGUCCGCAGGCCACCCCCAGGGCCUUGUCCCCUUGAUGGAGCCGGGGGAGGGGCUGGUGUACGACUCCUACCUGGUGGGGCAUUACCCUUCUCACCUGUCCUCGGGCCCCCUUCUGCACCCCCAGUCCCACUCCCACCCCCCCCAGGAGGGCUUGCUGUACGGCUACCCCAGCUGUGAGGCGGUCCUGGGCCCCCCCUCCGCCGAGGCACUUUACCCAGAGCAGUAUGAGUACCCUCUGGACCCCGGGCAGCCUCUCCCCUCUGCCCAGGGAGAGGCCCCCCAGCCUGGGUACGGGGGCCUGGCUGGCCUGCCUGAGAUCCAGGGCUCCCUGCUGGACAGCGAGAUGAUGGAGACGGUGGACUCCACGCACGGCUUCGUCAUGGUCAACUGAGCCGGCGGGACCGAGGCAGGAGACAGACGGCAGUAUUAUCCUGACAACCUACGCAGCAUUAAGUCUCGGGAGAGGGGGAGGGGGAGGGAGAGGGAGAAGUCAUUGUCAAGGUUACAGGGAAGGAAAAGUGUUUUUUUUUUUUUCUUAUUAUUUGUCAAUGCUUACUCUUUCGUUGUAUCGAGUGACACCUGAGAAACCUUUCUACCAAAACCCUACCUCCCUACGUACCCCUCCGCCCUCACCCGCGUCUGGGCACCGCGGCGUCCAGGACCAGGCUGGCUGGCAUGGACGUUGCCUGGGGCAGCUGAUGUCUGUGAGGCUCUUUGGGGACUUUGCACCGCUCGGCAUCUUGACUGCAGCUGCGUGAAGCAGCAGCCGUGAAGAGCUGCAGCCCUUGAAGCUGCAGCAGCUGCAGCCGAGGGCACGGCCUGUUGUCUGGAAGUGUGGACUGUGUGUGGACAGGACCAGUUAGCAGAAGCACAAUGGCAACAGCUUUGCUCUUUGUAAAUGAUAUAGGUAAAGGAAGAAAAAAACACAACUCUCUGGAAAGAGAGAAACCACGAACAAGUGACAAUGUUAUGAUAACGCGCUUAACAAGUGCAGUGUUAGUAGUCGAUAUAUAUUUUUGUGGCAAUAUUGAAGCAAUAUUAUUAAUUCCAUGAGGGAUUGUGGGAGGUUGUCAGCGCCUCUUCACCCGAAUAACCAACUCUGAUUGGAUAGCCGGUUUUAAGGCAGAGGACUCUGAUUGGCCUGGACUCAUCAGUCAAUGUAAUGCACAGUGACAUCCAUGAAGGCGAUGAUGUAAUUAGGAGAUAUUCCACUCUGUCUACCUGCAGCAGAACUCCCAUCUGCAGAGCAGGGUGGAGCCAGUCAGCUGGCCAUGACUGCUAGGCCCCUUCCUCCCCGGCCCCCAUCCUCAUUGAUGGCAAUAACACUGUCUGCUGGGCCUGAGCAGGAAGCUCGGGCCCAGCGGCGGUUCAAUCAUCCACAUUAGCUAGUCAGCCACAUCAGAAGGGAUGUGUGAAGCCAACCUUUUAGAUAACUGUCACUAGUUUGCAAAUCACAACAGUGUGGGAAGUCAGCAAUUGUAUCUUUACUAGUCGGUUUGAAGCAACUAGCAGCUGAGGCUGAGCGAUAAUGGCAUGAUGAUGACUGGCUGAAACUGUCGGGAUGCAUACAUCUAGAGAUAGGCAUGCAGUACAUUGGGUGGUUUGGGGUUGGUUUUAGGGAGUGUGCAUGACAUUGAAUAGAAAAAAAAAAAAAGGUAAAGGUUUUCCAUUUUCCAAUAAUAUGUACAUAUUGUAUUGUGUUCUGCUCAGUGUGAACACUAGUGGUUCAUCUCCUGGUAGCAUCCUCGCCUCCAAUGUUGUGUGAAAUCUAAACUCAAUGGUGUUGAUGAGAAGUCGUGUGAUUCCAGUGAAGCCGAGUUUUGUGAAGGAGUGUCUCUCUCCGCGCUGCGCUAGGCCGUCACACCCGGCCGUCAUAGCCAGCCCUGGACCCUGAUUGGUGGAUGGAAACGCUGGCUCACCAGGGGCGACCUACAGCAGGCCACGUUAGACAGAUGUCACACACACAGCACUUGGGCUAACUUUGAAUCUACUUGAAGCGCAAAGGUCUUUGUCACAAACACACACACACACAAAUCUAGGUAAAAUAAUAAAGCCUGAAAUGUAGCAGGAGAGAGUCUAGACCAAAGUAGAUCUAGUGGUUCAGGUAACCAGGAGGAGUCAGGGACAAGGGGCCAGAGACCGUGGUUGGUCAUGGUCGCCAAAGCGAGACCAGGCAGGAGUGUGUUUGUGGUCAUCCACACCGAUGACCACUCUACUGGAACGGCUGCAGGCGGUGAAUACUGGAGCACUUUUGACUUGGAGGUGAAAAGAUGAAGUGAGAGAAGGGAGGAUGAAGAUGAGAAGGGAUGAGUUUAUCCAAGGCUCUGAAUAGUCUCAGGAUGCGUCCUUCAUCCCUUCCAUGGGCUAGUGUCUGGUCAGUGUGGGGGUGGAAGCAUAUGCUCCUCCACACAGCUGACGCAAAUUCAAGACUCGCUCGAUGAGAGGGUGAGAAGGAGGAAGAAUACAUUCUGGGACUAUUGAAGAAGGCCCUAGAUGGCUUGUUUUUUAAUUCAACUUGAUAAGAAAAUUGUCUCAUCUUUCUCCCCCAACCCCCCCCCCCCACA